AUGCUUUUAGAGAUCACCUCUCUGUGCCCCACUGAACCGUAUUUUGCGUCCAUUCAAACUUCCUCCCCCCUUUUGACCCGUGUGUUCUUUUUUUCCAGUGAUUACCUGUUCAAGUUGCUUCUGAUCGGCGAUUCUGGUGUGGGGAAGUCGUGUCUCUUGCUACGAUUUGCAGAUGACACGUAUACAGAAAGUUACAUCAGCACCAUCGGGGUAGACUUCAAAAUCCGUACCAUCGAGCUGGAUGGCAAAACUAUUAAGCUGCAAAUCUGGGACACAGCCGGGCAGGAACGGUUCCGAACCAUCACGUCCAGCUACUACCGAGGGGCCCACGGCAUCAUUGUGGUAUACGACGUAACGGAUCAGGAGUCGUACAACAACGUCAAGCAGUGGCUGCAAGAGAUUGAGCGCUACGCCAGCGAGAACGUCAACAAGCUGCUCGUGGGCAACAAGUGUGACCUGACCACAAAGAAGGUGGUGGAUUACACAACCGCCAAGGAGUUUGCCGACUCGCUGAGCAUCCCCUUCUUGGAGACCAGCGCCAAGAACGCCACCAACGUGGAGCAGUCCUUCAUGACCAUGGCGGCCGAGAUCAAGAAGCGGAUGGGGCCCGGGGCCACGGCCGGCGGAGACAGACCCAACCUGAAAAUUGACAGCACUCCGGUUAAACAAGGAGGCGGCGGCUGUUGCUGAAAAGGAGGGACAUGGUUGCUUGGGGGGG